CACCGCACUGUCAAAAGCAGGAAGUCGAGAAUGUAAAGUAAUGCGGCGUCUCUUUCACUGAUGCCUUUUUCUACUUAUUACAUUUUAUUUAUGUGCUAUACAUUCGCAGGCCUUAGGACGUUUUGGAUGGAUUACCGUAAGGCUGCGGCAUGAUAACCAAAAGGUCUUUGAAGGAAAGAAAAUCCAAACUCAAGUUACACUGAUGCUGAUGAUUAGUCCCAGAAUGGCUUCAGGAAUGCAAGAGAAACAGUACACUCCAUCUCUGCUUAGUUUUUUUAUAUACAACCCCACAUUUGGACCACGGGAAGGAGAAGGAGGAAAAAAGAUUUUAUUUUACCACCCCAGUGAUGUGGAAAAGAAUGAGAAGAUACGAAAUGUUGGCCUAUGUGAAGCUAUUGUUCAGUUCACCAGGACUUUUUGCCCAACAAAACCAGCUAAAUCCUUGCACACACAGAAAAAUAGACAGUUUUUCUUUGAACCUGAAGAAAACUUUUGGAUAGUUAUGGUGGUGCGAAACCCAAUGGUUGAAAAGCCAAACAAAGAUGGUAAACCUCCAACAGUAGAAUACCAGGAAGAAGAAAUUCUUGACACUGUUUAUGGCGCAGUUGUAAAACAGUGCUACAGUAUGUACAAGUUAUUCAAUGGAACAUUUGGAAGAGCAAUGGAAGCUGGAGGAGUUGAGCAGCUGAUUCAGAAACUUGAAAAGUUCUUCUACAGGUAUCUGCAGACUCUCCACUUGCAGUCCUGCGAUCUGUUGGAUGUGUUUGGAGGAAUCAGCUUCUUCCCACUGGACAAGAUGACAUACUUGAAGAUCCAGUCCUUUGUGAACAGAGUGGAGGAGAGCCUCAGUCUCAUCAAAUACACGGCCUUUCUUUACAAUGACCAACUCAUUUGGAGUGGACUGGAACAAGAUGAUAUGAGGAUUUUGUACAAGUACCUCACCACCUCUUUAUUCCCCAGACAUUCUGAACCUGAGCUGGCUGGGAGAGAUUCUCCUCUAAGGCCAGAAGUCACAGGGAAUUUGUUGCAUUAUGGGAGAUUUUUGACAGGACCCACCAAUUUCAAAGACCCAGAGGCCAAGUUUCGAUUUCCAAGGAUAUUUGUCAGUGCUGAUGAUGGUUACGAAGAGUUACACCUAAUUGUUUAUAAGGCUAUGAGUGCAGCUGCCUGUUUUAUGAUAAGUGCUUCCGUGGAGCUAACACGUGAGUUCUGUGAGCAACUAGACAGCCUAGUGGGACCGCAGCUCACUUUACUGGCAUCAGAUAUUUGUGAGCAGUUCACAAUUAACCGCAGGAUUUCAGGGACAGAAAAAGAACCCCAGUUUAAGUUUAUCUACUUCAAUCACAUGAACCUGGCAGAGAAAAGCACUAUCCACAUGAGAAAGACGGCCAGCGUCUGCCUCACCUCUGUGCACCCAGACCUCAUGAAGAUCCUCGGAGAUAUCAACUGUGACUUUGCAAGAGUGGAUGAAGAUGAAGAAAUCAUUGUAAAAGCUAUGACAGACUACUGGGUAGUGGGCAAGAAGUCAGACCAGAGAGAGCUUUAUGUGAUCCUGAACCAGAAGAAUGCUAAUUUAAUAGAAGUAAAUGAGGAGGUGAAGAGACUUUGUGCGACACAGUUUAACAACAUUUUCUUCUUGGACUGAAAGAGUGGAUAGGGACACAACAUCUGUGGAAUGCAAUAAUUGCAUUGGAAAUACAGAAAUUAAAAUUUUCCUUCAGCUUUUAUUUAAUAUAAAAUUGUAAUAUUGCCUUGUAAUUAAGUGUACAAAUGCAGAUUUUUACUGUACAUGUUUCCUUUAUAUUGCUUUGUACAUACAGGAAGGAAUUUGUUAAUUGCUAACUUUGAUUGCUGUUGUAGUUUUUGUUUUGUUUAAUUUUCUUUUUUUUAAAUAAAAUCAUCAACAUUAAAAAAAAAUAAAAAAGUAUUUUAAACUGACACCGUAGUUCAAUUUUAGGAACAUUGGGAUGUAUGCUGUGGUUACUGUCAAACAACUGCACCAAUAAUAAAUUGAUUUAUAUAUGGUA